GGUCGGGGGAGUGGUGGUAAUUUGCUUUUAAAUGAUUUUUGCAAAGGAGACCACCAAACCCAGUUCCUACAGCUGGGAAAACUCAUUUUUCCUCCUCCAGCACGGGCUCCGAGCACCCGAGAUUUGCGUAGAGAAAUAACUGGGUGAUUUAUCCUCUUUGAGAAGGAGGAGCGAUUGUUAUGGGUUUUUUUGGGGAGGGGUUCUGGAAGAUUUGGGACAGGAGUCUCCAGGAAGAGGAGGAGCACCCAGGGUUUGUAACAGUAGGACUUAGCUGUUAGGUAAAAUCUGGGUGAAGAUGAAUUUUAGGGUAAGGAUCUCUCAGCAGAGUGUUGUCUGCAGGUUACAGAAACAUGUUUGUUGUCAAUGGGCUGGGGUUUACCUCUUUUUCUAUUUUUUUUAAGGAAUCGUGCUCUCUGUAUUUCUGUUUUCCCCUUCUGCUUCCUCCUCCUCCCCAUUAACUUUUGGGAAAAAAAAUUGUUUAGCCAGAUUUGAUGGAGGCAGAGGGCAUAAAGUUCCUGCAAGAUUUGGGAAAAUACGUAAAGGAUGGAGUUUUUUAUUAGCUGCCUGUCCCCAUGCCUUACCCUCAUUUUGUGAUUCAGCUAAGCCUUUAUAUUAGUUUAUUAGAGAAUAAUAAUCUAUUAGAUUAUUAGAGAAUCCACAGGUUAAUAAAAUAGAGGGGUUUGCAUGAAAAGUCCAACUGACGGAUACAAAUCCGUAGGAUGAUGGCUGGCAGUGGGUUGCACGCUGGGCUCUGCUUAUGGGGGGUUACCUCCUCCUUGCAGGGGGGAUGCCGGUCUCUGCUUACGGGGGGUUACCUCCUUCUUUCAGGGGGUCUGGUGGCACCAGCCAUGGAGCCGUACGUGCUGCUCGACCCGCGACAGAGAGCACUGUAUCGCGACGUGAUGCAGGAGAGCUAUGAGACGCUGAUGGCGCUGGAAUUCCCUGUUUCCAAGCCCGAUCUGCUGUCCCGCCUGGACCACGGGAAUGAACCUACAGCCCUGGAUCUCCACGUGCCCAGGGACACCUUGGCCACAGAGGAUGGAGCAGGAGUGGAGCAGGAACCCUCUCGAGAAGCAGCUGUUGAGAAAGAGCCUGAAGUAGUGAAACCUGCAGGUGAGGAGCAUCCUUCGAGCCCCACCGAGGCUGGGGCAAAGGCGAGCAGGAGUGGGGGACUGGGGGAGACAGCCACGCGCCCAGGUGAGAGCCAACCCAGCAACACGUGUAGCGAGUGUGGGAAGAGCUUCAGCCACAAGUCAGCCCUGGUGAAGCACCAGAAGAUCCACACUGGCGACCGCCCGCACGAAUGUCCUGACUGCGGCAAGUGCUUCAUCCAGCGCUCGGACCUCACCAUCCACCAGCGGGUCCAUACGGGCGAGCGGCCCUAUGCCUGCCCCGACUGCGGGCGCCGCUUCAGCGUCAGCUCCUCCUUGCUCACCCACCAGCGUACCCACGUGCCCGGCGGGGAGAAACCCAACCGUUGCCCCCAGUGCGGCCGCAGCUUUGCUGAUCCGGGAGCCCUCGACCGGCACCAGAAGAGCCACCUGGGCGGGAAACCCUACGAGUGUGGCGUGUGUGGGAAAGCCUUCGCCUGGAGCUCCCACCUCGAGCGGCAUCGGCGCAUCCACACCGGCGAGAAGCCCUUUCAGUGUGCUGAAUGCGGGCGAGCCUUCGCCUGGAGCUCCCACCUCGACCGCCACAUGCGCACCCACACUGCUGCCGCCGCCUCCGAGGACGAGGAGGACGGGGAGGCAGAGGAAGAGCCCCCGCCACCCCCCCAGAAAUGCGCCGACUGUGGCAAGCGCCUCAACCACCAGACGGACCCCCAGCGCUUCAAGCACAAGGGCACUCAGACACUGCCGGCUGGUGCCGAACCCGCUGGCAGCCCCCCGCGGCCCUUCCGCUGUGAGCAGUGCGGCAAAUGCUUCGGCCAGAGCUCUAACCUCCUCAAGCACCAACGUGUCCACACCGGCGAGCGGCCAUACCCCUGCCCGGAUUGCAAACGGUGCUUCCGCUGGGGCUCAGCCCUGGCCAAGCACCAGCGCACCCACGCCCGGCAGCAGCAAGCCAGCGAUGCCACCAAAGCCGUGCCGGCAGCCGCUGAGGAAGCCAGUGCUGGAGGAGGUGGCAAACCCUACCCGUGUGGGGCGUGUGGGAAGAGUUUUGGCUGGAUCUCGCACCUGGAGCGUCAUCGCCGCAUCCACACUGGAGAGAAGCCCUUCCGCUGCGGGGAGUGUGGGCGGGCGUUCGCUGUCAGCUCCCACCUGGAACGGCACCGCCGGGUACACACCGGCGAGCGGCCCUACCGUUGUGGCGAGUGCGGGAAGAGCUUCGCCGUCAGCUCCACCUUGCUGGCUCAUCGCCGCACCCAUGCUGCCCAGCCAGGCCGGCCCCAUGCCUGCCCUGAGUGUGGUAAGUGUUUUAGCACACCAGCCAGCUUGGAGCGGCACCGGCGGCUUCACCGGGGCGAGAAACCCUACCAGUGCGGUGUCUGCGGCAAAGGCUUUGCCUGGAGCUCCCACUACGACCGGCACCGGCUCACCCACACUGGCGAGAAACCCUUCUCCUGCGCCCACUGCGGCAAAUGCUUCGGCCGCAGCUCCCACCGCAACCGGCACCAGCGUGCCCACACGCAGGGUGGCCCAGAGAAGCGGCACGUCUGUCCCGAAUGCGGCAAAGCCUUCGGCCUCGGCACGGCCCUGGCAGCUCACCAGCGACUGCACGCCGCUGCCGCUGGCACUGGGGGCCGCAGCCCCCUCUCCUUGCUGCCGCCUGCCUGGUGGGAGGGUGAGAGGCGAGGGGGGACGCCCACCCCAUCCGAGCUCUGGCCCGAAGAGUCCAGCUCUGUUUUCCAGCAGCACCCCGUGCCUUCCUCCUCCUCUUCCUCUUCCUCCUCCCCAGCCCCCAGGGGCUGGGCUGCCAAGGCUCUCCUGCCCCCCACCAUGGCAUGGAGGCCUGGGGAGGGGGACACCCUGCAAAGCGAUGCCUCUGCCCCCCAGGAGCCCUGGGCUUCCCUGCCUCCGCCCAGCUCCAAGGUAGUUCAGCAAAAAAGAAAAACCCCUUCACAUGUCUCAGUGUGUUUUUGUCUUUGGAGAGGGAGAAGAUGCUCGCGGUGUUUCCUACCAAGAAGCAGGGAAAAGCGACGGAGCCCAGGGUCGGUGCACAAGGAGAGCCAGACACGGGUGGCUGCCAGGAGGAGAUCACAAAAGCCAAGGAAAACACAACCCUGUGAACAAGAAGAUAAAGAAUUGCAGCAGGGGAAUGAGAGGAGCUUGGAUUUCUGCCUCCAAGAAAGCCCAGGAGAUUUGAAACCACACAGACACUCUUCUCUACGGGUUUAUCCCAGCUUUUCCCCCCCAGGGAACAGCUCAGCACCAACUUCUCCCCCCAUAGGCUCCAGCAGAGCAUCCCUGUCGCUGCCAAGGGGGACGGAGAGGGACAUGGCCACAGCAGAGCCGGCACAGUGUCCAGUGACCUUCAAGGAGGUGGCUUCGUACUUCACUGAUCCUGGCCAGCGGGCCCAGUACCAGGAAGCCAUGCAGGAGAGUGCUGGAAAUGACUCCUUUUUGGGAACCAGCUCUGCUGACCCCCAACAUGACAGGAUCUCCUCUGGGCUGGAGUUGGAGGAGAAGACGUGGACCCCAGCUCCCCAGGACUCAGAUGCAAGGCCCUUCUCUAACAGCUCUUCCAUAAAGAAUGGGAUGGUGAGUGGGAGGAGCGACAGCACUGCACAUGCAGACCCAGACAUCAAGACCUGCCUGGAGGACAUCUCCCAGCACCACGAGCCAACCAACAUCCGCCAGAGCUCCGGAGAGAAAGGCCAAGAGGAGGUCCAGGGUCAUCCUGGGAGGGAAACUCCAGGGACAUGCAGGGAAUUGCUGUUCCCCCAUAGCCUUCGCCCCAGGGAUAGACCCAUCCCUCAUCCCACCAGCGAGAAGAGCUUCCAUCCCCAGAGACGGGGGUCCCAGCACCCCUGCCCUGACUGUGGGAAAAGCUUCGGGGUCUUCUCCAACUUGCUCCGUCACCAGCGGAGCCAUGGUGGGGACAAACCCUACAAAUGCCCCGACUGUGGGAAAGGUUUCGGGCACAGCUCGGCGCUGGUGACGCACCGUCGCAUCCAUACGGGUGAGAAGCCCUACCAGUGCGCUGAUUGCGGCAAAAGCUUCAAUGUGGUUUCCAACUUGGUGCGCCACCAGCGGAGCCACACUGGGGAGAAGCCCUACAAAUGCCCCGACUGUGGCCGGCGUUGCAGUCAACGGUCCCACCUGGUGACCCACCGCCGGUUGCACACAGGCGAGCGCCCGUACCCAUGCCGGGAGUGCGGGAAGAGCUUCAAUGUCAGCUCUGAUCUCAUCAAACAUCGCCGCACCCACACUGGGGAGAAGCCCUAUGAGUGCCGCGACUGCGGGAAGCGUUUCAGCGGCAGUUCCAACCUCAUCACCCACCAGCGGCUGCACAGCGGCGAGCGGCCUUACACCUGCGCCGACUGCGGCAAGGGCUUCACCAUCAGCUCCAAGCUCAUCGCCCACCAACGGACGCACAGUGGCGAGCGACCCUACAGCUGUGCUGACUGCGGCAAGGGCUUCAGCGACCGACCCCACCUCGUCCGGCACUGCAGUGCCAGCUGGCGGGAGAAGCGCUACAAGUGCUCCGAGUGUGGCAAGGGCUUCACCACCAGCUCCUACCUCCUCACCCACCAGCGCAGCCACACUGGGGAGACGCCAUUCCUCUGCAGUGUGUGUGGCAAGAGCUUCGCGGUGGUCUCCAACCUGGCGCGGCACCGGCGUGUGCACACUGGGGAGAAGCCGUUUCGGUGCGGGGAGUGCGGACGGCAGUACAGCCAACGGGCUCAUCUCACCACCCACCAGCGGGUCCACACCGGCGAGCGACCCUAUGUCUGUGGGGAUUGCGGGAAAGGCUUCAAUGUCAAUUCGUCCCUCACCAAGCACCGGCGGGUGCACACUGGGGAGAAGCCCUACCACUGCCCUGAGUGCGGGAAGAGCUUCAGCCAGAGCUCCAAUGUCAUCACGCACCGGCGGCUCCACCACGGCCACGGGGUGCACCAGCUCUGUGCAUGAGUGGCUCCAGCUCCCACACCAUGCUGGUGAAGCCUAGUGAUGCCAGCCCAGCCAGGAGGUCUUCUCCAGAGACUGGAAGUCAGCCAGGACUUUGGUUAUCUUGGCACAUGCGGGAGAGGGAAGAAAGACCUGUGUAUCGGGGGGGUAUGAAGGGAAGGAUAGGAACCAAUCACGGCCACCAUCAGCAGAAAACACCAACUCUGGGUGAGGUUCCUCCUGCUCUGCUUCCGUUCCUCCCAGCCAAAUUAGUUCAGGGCAUCUCCUGCUCUCACCCUGCCCAAACACAACAACAAAAAAAGGACCUUUGUUUUUCCUCGCUGCUCCAAACUCUCCCCACAUCACGACAUUUGAUACAAUGGGCCCAAGGGCUGUUUCAUCUCCCAUCUGGCAUUCUCCUCUCCUCCAGUGAUCUGCUAGCAGUGAUAACAGCUUCAGGAAUAAAAGGUGGUGUGAUAAAUACCAGUUGUGAUCUCUGUGCGCAUAUGGGUGUGCACCCACAGGGAGUCGAGACACAUGAGCCCCACAGCCCCCUUUUACCUCCAGGCUUGCACAGGAGGAAGUCCCCAGAGCCGCAGGGGCCCCAAAGGGGCUCCAGCAGCCA